AUGCUGUCAAAUGUGAGAGCCUUCUUUCCGCGGCAUGCGAUCCGAGCGCAUGACCUCUUACAUGAAGAUGUCUACUUCAACUCGUUUCUGCUCCAGGUCGCCAGCCCGCCCAUAUGGAACUGGCUCACGGCAAACACAGCCCUGGCCAACACGGCAGGCAUGCGCCAGCACGAGCACAAGGACACCCUGUUCGACCACCCGCAGUGCCCGUACUACAUCAUCGCCAACGUGCCGCUGUGCGACUUCUCGGCGGCCAACGGCGCGACCGAGUUCUGGCUGGGGUCGCACGCCGCCACCACGGUCGCGGACCAGCAGCCCGUGACCGACGCCACGCGGGCGGCCUGGGCGCCCGAGGCGGCGUCGGACCGCAUCCCGUGGAUCUCCGACGAGGCGAAGGAGGCGCGCCGGGCCGUGCGCGCCCCCGUGCAGCCCGCGGCGAGGCGCGGCGACAUCAUGAUCCGGGACCUGCGGACAUGGCACGCCGGGAUGCCCAACACCAGCGGCGAGCACCGCAUCAUGCUCGGGCUGGGGUACCAGAGCCCGGUCCAUCCGAACUACACGCAGCGCCUCCAUCUUCCCGUCUCGCAGCAGGGCUUCUUCCUCGGCCGUGCGCGUGGCAGGGUCGAGGUCAGGGCCAACUUCUACGAUGAUGAGGUGCUGGAGAAGAGCAGGCCGGACCUGGUGUUCGACCCUCGGUCUCGGUUCUCGGAGGACGAGUAGGAGCUGUCUGUCCAUGACAGUGACGCUGCCGAGGUAAUUAAUUACUGGACAAACUGUCGGAGCAAGGCGGCGUGCUCCUGGUCUGUCAACGGCUGAGGCCGAGUUCAU